AUGUUCCUUCAAAAGCCUCAUCAACGUAAACUCACAAGGCCACCGCUGCCUUGGACUGUAAAACUCGCACUCUCAAUCAUCUCCGCCGUCACUGACAUCGCCUUCCGACCCAAUGGCACCGCCAAUCGCCGUCUCAUCCACUUCCUCGACUAUCAGACUUCUCCCGCCUCCACCAGCUCCAUCUCAUCCUCCGACAUCUCCAUCGACGCCGCUCGCAGCCUUUGGGUUCGUCUCUACACCCCUUCCGACAACCGACAACUCCUCCCCGUUCUUGUCUUCUUCCACGGAGGCGGUUUCAGCUUCCUAACCGCCGCCUCCGUCUGCUUCGACUUGGUUUGCCGUAACUUCGCCUCCAAACUCUCGGCUAUCGUCAUCUCCGUCAACUACCGUCUAGCUCCCGAACACCGCUACCCUUCGCAACACCAAGACGGGUUCGACGCCGUCAACUUCAUCGACCAAAACUGGACCACAGUCCUACCCAAAAACGCCGACCGAACCCGCUGCUUCCUCGCAGGCGACAGCGCUGGCGCCAAUCUGGCUCACCACGUGGCAAUCCGAGCAUGCCGGACCAAAGCACUCGGAACAGUGAAGAUCAUCGGGCUGAUCUCGAUACAACCAUUUUUCGGAGGAGAAGAGAGAACCGAGUCGGAGAUUAAGCUGAUGGAUCCACUACUACUUGUAUCUGUACCGAGAACGGAUUGGUGCUGGAAGGCGUAUUUGCCGGAGGGGUCGAACCGAGACCAUGGGGCGGCAAAUGUGAGCGGUCCCAACGCAGAUGACAUAUCGGAGUUGGAUUUUCCGGCGACGAUGGUGGUGGUGGGGGGAUUUGACCCGUUGAAAGAUUGGCAGAGAAGGUAUUAUGAAUGGCUAUUGAGAUCGGGAAAAGAGGCGAGCUUGACGGAGUAUCCCAACAUGAUCCAUGCGUUCUACGCUUUCCCACAAUUGCUGGAGGCUUCACAUUUACACAUCCAAAUAAACAAGUUCAUCGCAAAGUGUUCUUCAUCAACAGUUGCUGACCUCAAACCUGUUUCAUCACCACCACGCACCAGCUUAAUCCGGUUACCAAUUCUGUGUGGGAUCUUUUCUUUUAUAUAUUUUCUUCUUGUUUUGUGUAUUUCCUCUUUUAAUUAG